UGUUGGGUAAAGAAAGACCUCCUAACAAACUAGCAUUCUUUUCCACAUGAUCAGAGCUAAUUGGCCCCCCUGCAGACUAAGUGACCAAUCACAUCAGCUUCAGCUGAAACCAGCCCUCACGACAUAUAAACACAGGAAUGUAAGCUGCAAAGCCAGUCUCAGAAGAGAACCUACAAACUACACUGUAGGUUGAAAGCACCUGAUCAAAAAGACAAGACUGCUAACUUCACUGAGACCUGCCUUGGUAAGCUGACCCCACAAGAGAACUGAGAAUUACAGUCUGAGAUGGACGGCAGUAACUGUAAAGUUAAUGCUCCUCUCCUAAGUCAAAGAUACCGGAGGAUGGUCACAAAAGAUGGCCACAGCACACUUCAAAUGGAUGGUGCUCAAAGAAGUCUUGCUUAUCUUCGGGAUGCGUGGGGAAUCCUAAUGGACAUGCGCUGGCGCUGGAUGAUGCUGGUCUUUUCUGCUUCUUUUGUUGUCCACUGGCUUGUCUUUGCAGUACUCUGGUAUGUUCUAGCUGAGAUGAAUGGUGAUCUGGAAAUAGAUCACGAUGUCCCACCUGAAAACCACACUAUCUGUGUGAAGUACAUCACCAGUUUCACAGCUGCAUUCUCCUUCUCCCUGGAGACGCAACUUACAAUUGGUUAUGGUACCAUGUUCCCCAGUGGUGACUGUCCAAGUGCAAUCGCCUUACUUGCCAUACAAAUGCUCCUAGGCCUCAUGCUAGAGGCUUUUAUCACAGGUGCCUUUGUGGCGAAGAUUGCACGGCCAAAAAACAGAGCGUUCUCAAUCCGCUUCACUGACUUAGCAGUAGUAGCUCACAGAGAUGGCAAACCUAAUCUUAUCUUCCAAGUAGCCAACACCCGGCCCAGCCCUCUGACCAGUGUUCGGGUCUCAGCUGUACUCUAUCAGGAAAGAGAAAACGGUGAACUCUACCAGACCAGUGUGGACUUCCACCUUGACGGCAUCAGUUCUGAGGAAUGUCCAUUCUUCAUCUUCCCGCUAACCUACUACCACGCCAUUACACCGUCAAGUCCUCUAGCUACCCUGCUCCAGCAUGAGAACCCUCCACAGUUUGAAUUGGUUGUGUUCCUCUCGGCAAUGCAAGAAGGCACUGGGGAAAUCUGCCAAAGGAGGACAUCCUACCUACCCUCUGAGAUCAUGUUACAUCACCAUUUUGCCGCUCUGAUAACUCGAGGUUCCAAAGGUGAGUAUCAAGUCAAGAUGGAGAAUUUUGACAAGACUGUUCCUGAACAUCCAACUCCUGUGGUCUCUAAGAGUCCACACAGGACUGACCUAGAUAUUCAUAUCAAUGGACAAAGCAUUGACAAUUUUCAGAUCUCUGAAACAGGCCUGACAGAAUAGGACUCGCCUACACUAUCCCACUUCUUAAUGUAUUAAAUAUAUCCAGCAGUUAUGCAGCUAUUUUCCUCACUGUAUCUCAUGUUUCCCUUUUCUCAAUGCUGACUACAUCAUGUCUAUGACCAUGGAAAGUGACUAAACUAACUCUACACAUCACUGAAAACAAAACAGUCUACAUUACCAAGUUUCUAUCAGUGGGAAUCUGCUCAAAUCAAGCCUGCAACUCAAUCUGAUAGAUGCCCAUAUGAGCAAAUUUGCAAAGGUGUAGCAUGGUAUCAAUAAUGAAGAUAAAAUAGACAGUGAAGGCUAACACAGCUGAACUCUAAGAAAAUCAGCGCUCAUUUUCAUCUGUAAACUGAAGCAACAAUCUAGUUUCAAACCUAGCUCCCUGGGUGGAAGCUGAUUUCACAUUAUUUAGUGAACAUCCUUUUACAACUUUUAUUUUUUCAAGACAGCAAACAUCAUUCCUUUGAUUCUUUAAACUAUAAAACUCGGGUAUUAUCUUCCCACUUUUUAACAGCAAGGAACAAAAAUAACAAUAUGGAUUUUUUGUUUUUGUUUUUGUUUUGUUUUGUUUUCAAGACAUGGUUUCUCUGUGUA